UGGGUGUUGGAGGAGGAGGUGGGCGGCCGGAAACUCACCGAAGUCAUCAACACGCAGCACGAGAACGUCAAAUACCUGCCCGGGCACAAGCUGCCGCCCAAUGUGGUGGCGGUGCCAGACGUGCUGAAGGCCUCAGCAGGGGCAGACAUCCUCAUCUUCGUGGUGCCCCACCAGUUCAUCGGCAAACUCUGUGAGCAGCUCAAAGGCCAUGUGAAGAAGGAGGCCAUCGGGGUGUCGCUCAUCAAGGGGGUGGAUGAGGGCCCGGAGGGGCUGAAGCUGAUCUCGGACAUUAUCCAUGAGUGGCUGGGAAUCGAGAUGAGUGUUCUGAUGGGGGCCAACAUUGCCAAUGAAGUGGCAGAUGAGAAGUUCUGUGAAACAACCAUUGGCUGCAAGAACCUGGAGCAUGGGCAAAUCCUGAAGGAGCUGAUGCAGACACCCAAUUUCCGGAUCACUGUGGUACCAGAAGCUGACACCGUGGAGAUCUGUGGGGCCCUGAAGAACGUUGUAGCUGUAGGGGCUGGUUUCUGUGACGGCUUGAGCUUUGGGGACAACACCAAGGCAGCUGUGAUUCGCCUCGGGCUGGUGGAGAUGAUCACCUUCUCCAAGCUCUUCUGCAAGGGCCCUGUCACUGCGGCCACCUUCCUGGAGAGCUGUGGGAUCGCCGACCUCAUCACCACCUGCUAUGGCGGCAGGAACCGCAGGGUGGCCGAGGCCUUUGUCAAAACCGGGAAGUCCAUUGAGCAGCUGGAGAAGGAGAUGCUGAACGGACAGAAGCUGCAGGGUCCCCAGACGUCUGCCGAGCUGAACCACAUCCUCAAACACAAGAACCUGGUGGAGAAGUUCCCCCUCUUCACUGCUGUGUAUCAGAUCUGCUACGAGGGCAAACCCGUCGCUGACUUCAUCAAGUGCCUUCAGAACCAUCCUGCCCACAUGUAACUGGGCCUUGGGCCCCAACCGCUGAACCAUGGAAAUGAGUCGAGAGCCGCUGUUGGAGCAUGAGCCUUUGUGUACAGAAAGAUGCUGGGAUCGUCUGAGCCAUCACAGAUCCUGGGAAAGGGGGUCCCCCUUCCGUGGCCCAGGGCUGCUCAGCCCUCAGCCAGAGGAUGCACUCUCGAUUCUAUAUGGAGAAACCAAAUUAAAUGCCCUCCUCUUAGGUGUCUAAAAUUUGCUGCUCCCCACAACACCCUGCUUGGGGGGGACCUGCCAUCAUAUUCCUCAUCAGUGGUGCGACCGGUCCAGUUUGCCGUGGGGCUCGUCUGGGCUUCCUUCGUGAGUUGUCUGUAGAUGAAGCAUGUGAAGGUUGCUUUGGCUGGGAGGACAAAAUCUGCUUUUGCAAGCUGUAUCCUUUAUAGAGGCCGCCCGGCAGGGCAAAGGUUCUUCGUUGUCUGCUGCAAUAGUCGUUUCUUACUGUUCCUUUUUGCUUAUCCUCCCCACAGUGAGGGACUGAGAGCACGUGUGGGUCCCUGCCAGAUUUGAUUUGCCCACAGCCAAACUCUUGAUGAUUUUAAAAAGGGCCAACAAUCCCCAUUUUUAUAAGAAGCCACUGUGCAUGGGGAGCACCCCCACAGGAAACACUGCUCCCCCAAGUCUCUUCCGGUGCCCAGCCCUGGCUGUCACGGAGCCAGGACCCUGGAUAACUCCCCAGGCACCAAAGGCAGCAUCCCAGGGCGAUGUCCAUGCAGAUUGUCAGAAGCAGCUGGAGAAAGUUCUUUGGCCUUUUGCUCUGGAGCUCAAAUCAAAUCCCAUUGGGAUUCCAAAUCCUCUCCUGACUGUUCAGCUGCUCUGCCUCGCAGCUCCCUGCACGUCCUACGUUGCUCUUUCUCCCUUCUGCGCUUUGUGCAGCUUCUGGCUACUGCCAGCCAGGGACAGAUGUCCCUGAGUCAGGCCUGCCCUGGCCUGCCCCUACAGGUGGCUGGGUUAUUGGCUACGAAUCAUGUUCACAUUGCACCCUCCUGAGCCACUGGGCCAAGCUGCUUUUAAUCAGAAAAUGGGAGGCACCAGGGCCUCCUGGACCCCAGAGCAUUGGGACUGUGCCUCAGACCUGGCUCUGCUUUUACUUGUGUGCCUUGAUGUUCCUCUUGCUCUUGCCUCUGGGCUCUUGUCAGGCCCAGCUGGGGUGGCUGAAACUGCCCAUUAUAAUGGGGUCCCUCAUUGGUCAACUGAGAUGCAUUUCCUUGGAGUAACCCCUGAUCUGAGUGCUGGGGAAGGGGAGGAGACAGUCACCAGCACAAAGGGGAGUGGGGGGCACCCUUCAUUUUCAGUGGGCCUCCAGCUCCUGGCUGCCCUCUGUGCCUUUGGAACUGGCCCUCAGCGAGCAAAGCUCCUACAAGCCUUUCUGAACCCUGUCACAAAGCCAGACAGCUCCUUGCUACAUCUUCACAAGGGUCUGGCCUUCCAGUGCCCCAGGCUGGGCGCGGGGUGCGAGGGAGCAAAAUGCUCUCUCCGCCCCAGUGCCAGACUUGCCCUGUGUCUCUGACUGGCCGAACAUGAAGGUACUUGAGUUGUGAAUGUUUAAUAAAACAAUGGACGGAGAAAACCCUUA